CAGAAUUUACGUACACCUGACACCAUGUUAAAUAAGAACGUAUAUUUCCAAUAAGUGUGUACAACAGAAUGAAUUCAUUUAUUUUCAAUAUUCAUUGACGUUAAGUAAGAAAUGGCAAAGGUAACUUUGAUUAUAAAAUUACAUUAAAUGUUUUAAGACUAAAGUAGUAAUUGUUGUGAGUAUAUGUAAUGCUUAUGCAUUACAUAUAAUAUGAGAUUUUCAAUAUUUCAGCUCAAAAAAAAAAAAUAUCUAGAAAUUUAUCAUUUUGGAGACCGCUACCUAUAAACGGGCAAUCUCCGAUGUAAGGCGUUUUUCACGUUUGAGUCAUAUUUUUUUUUAAAUUUUGCCAAAUUGUGCUACUUCGAAUUCGUAUUAUGUAGAAAUGCUGCUAACAAAAAAUUAUGAGUAUCGGUCCACGUUUUUGUAUAGCCGUUACAUAAACCUAUCCCUAGUCACAGAAAAUCGUGGAGGAGGUUAAAUGGAAGCUAUGAUAUUCAAUAUUUUGAAAGAUGAUAUUUUCCACCAUGUGAACCAAAAUGACCCAAUUACAAUCACUUAUUUUUGGAAAAUAUAACUAGAACCUUACCCAAAAUAUGGAAGACAUUCCAAUAUGUACCUCUUUCAACCUUGACAAUUUUCUUUAAUGUCAAUCUUCUUCGGAUCAAUAUAAAAGUCUGUGAAAAAUAGUCCAGGAACGAUUUUAGAUCCAUAGCGAUUUCAGCAUUUUACACUGGGACUUCGGCCAAAAAUCCUUUUCUUACACUAAAGGACAUAAAAAUCGCAAAUGUCUUUAAACUCCGAACUAUUUUUUUCGUUUUUUCUACAAUUCCUUUUGCCUAACAACAAAAAAAGCGCGUUGCCAUUUUGCGCUUCACCACCAAACCAAACCAUCUCUGCCACGUCCGUUUGACACAAGAGACAAGCAAUAAAAACAAAUGAGGACACACAACUCAACUUCACUGCAACACUUGGGGAGGAUGCGAAUUAGCCGAACAAAACAAAAACAGCGUUAGCUGCUAACUUCUUAUCAAGAAAUAAACAAAUUCAAGCAAAAGAGAAAAGACAAAGCCAACAGAAAGGCGCCAGCGACCGCGGAAUGUCAUCUUCAGCGACAUCAAAUGAGGACAUAACAUCAGCAGCAGUUACAACAAAAUCACAAGCUUCCCUGCUCCUGCUCAACGAUGAUUGCCUGGAAUUGAUUUGCCGGCAACUGAACACUGUGGAACAGUACAUUAUGUGGAAACUGCAUUCACGUUUCCAAUUCAUUGUUGAGCAUUUGUGGUCGACGACCUGUUUGCACACAGUCCAGGUGGAAGAUCAACAGGUCGCCUUGCUAAGCGAUAGCGAUUUUAUGGAAUUCAUGCAGAUCAUAAGCCAACACACAGUCGACUUAUCACUGCAUUAUUUGAGGAAGCCACGCUUUGAACAAUUAAUUUCGCUGCGAUUCCCAAAAGUCACCAUUCUCAAGUGUAUCGAUCCGUUCCAGCUGCAUCGUAAUCAGACGCUGCGUUAUGGUCUCGAAGCGCUGCGGGUACUGCAAAAUUGUUUUCCCAACAUUCAAGAAUUGGAAUUGAAAGGUUAUCAUGUGCGCUAUUGUCGUGAUAUUUUCGCCAUUGGAGGCGGUAAUUUAAAACGUUUGGAAUUGAAAAUUCUUUAAGGCAUAGCCAGCGAGCCAGCCAGCCAUAAAAUGAAAUCAUUGUUGGAUGUCCAUUUUUUUAUUUUCAUUUAAUUAGGCAUUCUUUUAUUUAAUUGUAAUUAAAUUUAGAUUUGAUUUUCGAUAGGUUUGUCUUAUUGUGUUAAUCAUUAUUUUUUGGUAUUUAUUAUGUACAUACAUAUGUACAUAUGUAGUUCAUGGUGUUCAUAUAUGUGUAUGUAUGUAUGCUGGGUAUUAUUAUUAAAUAAAUACUAUCUACUAGGUUGAAAAGGUAAAUUUUAAUACUCCCGGAGGAUUCGAGUCUUGCAGAGAUUGUUUAAAGUCCAGUUUAAGGAAA